AUGCCCUCUUCCACCAGGCAGUUCCGCCUGGGUCACGGCCUUGCUGCUGUUGCGGCCAUCCUUUGCCUGCGCGCUGCAAUCAGGUCUGGGACGUCGAGUGAAGAUGCGUCUUUCAUCAGCCUACCCCAGGCUCAGCGUGCAGCUGCUGCUGGCAUGGUGGCAACCCUCCUGGCCUCCUCUGCUAGCCCCGCCCUGGCCGAGGAUUCCAGCCUCAAGUCGCUGGAGGCAAAAAUUGCGAUGCGUGACGCAGGCAUCACUCGCCUCCAGGAAGAGAAAAAGCGGCCUCAGCUGAAGCUGAACGAGGUGGAGAAGCUCGAGAAAGAAGAGAUUCAGACCGCCCGAUCUGCAGAGCAGCUGAAGGAGAAGAGGAUCAUCGAGGAGGAAAGGAAGGCCAAGCAGCAGGCACUGGAAGCGGAGAAGCGCGAGAAGGCCCAAAUCGAAAAGCAAGAGAAGGAGGCCAAGGCUAAGAUUGACAAGGAGUACGAGGUUGAGAAGCAGAAGAUUGAGCGUGAGGAGAAGAAGCUCGUGGAGGAAGCCAGGCGCACAGAGCGGGAGGAGAAGAAGGCCGCCCGGGAACUUGAGAAGCAGGCCUUGUCAAAGGCUACGUCAGACAACGCCCGCCUUGCGGCCGAGGAGAAGAGCGAGGCCGCCUUCAACGCGGCAACGGAGAAGGCUGAAAACGCAAUCCUCGCGGCUGAGGAGAAGGCCGAAGCGUCCUUAAAGGCAGCUUUGGAGAAGGCUGAGAAGGCACGGGUGGAGGUCGUAGAGAAGUCUGAGCUCUUGGAGAAGGCGGCUGCCGAACGCUCAGAGGCAGCCAUCGACCAGGCAACGGAGACGGCCGAGAAGGCGGAGAAGGAUGCUGUGCAAGAGGAAGAAAAGGUGGAGCAGGAGAUCGUGGAGGCAGUGGAUGCCAUUGAGAAGGAGGAGCUCAUCGAGGAGAAUGCCUUGCUUGAGACUCUCAAGGGCGGACUGCUGAGCGCCUGGUCAGUUGCUGCUCCACUCGUCAUUCCUGGGAUCUUCAUUGCGCUGUAUGCUGUCAUUGCCAGCUUCUUCAAUCCCCCUCCAGAGCCUUGCCUUGGAACAGAGGAUGAUGAGACCAGAGCGGUGAUGGGCCGGGCGGCACGCCCCAAGAAGGCCAAGGCAACUCUCGAUCCAUGGACCGACGGCAAGAAGAUGGCAGUGGGCGCUGCCAGUGCAGCAGGAGCUGUGUUGGCUGUUGUCGCCUCGACUCCAACCAUGGGUUUUGUGUCCACAUCCCCAUCUCCGAGCCUCAGAACCUCCCAGAUGCAGCCUGGUUUCCAGGCUGUUCAGUCGCGGGCAAAGAACCCUGCAGUGCAAAGCCGAAGCUCCUCUCAAGGAGCACUGGCCAUGGGGUUGGCCUUGGGUGUUGCUGGAGGCAUGCGCCACCGCGUGCUUCGCAAGAUCCGGCUGCAUGCACAGGCAAAGCCUUCAGAGAUUUCUGGGGCAAAUCCCCUGAAGGUAAUUGUUGCCGGCGGAGGCGUCGGCGGCUUGCUGUUGGCGAAGGCCUUGAGCAAGGAGCCCAACAUGAAAGUAACGGUCCUCGAGCAGGCCAGUGCCUUCCAGCGAUUUGGAGGGCCCAUCCAGCUUGCCUCCAAUGCCUUGUCUGUCAUUCGAGACGUUGACAAAGAGCUGUUUGAGGAGCUGAUGAAGCGGUUCACCUUCACCGGCUACAGGAAGAAUGGCUUGGUGGAUGCCUUGCGCAGCGAAUGGUAUUGUACAUUUGAUGCCAUGAAGGACUCCGCUGAGAUGUUUGACCUGCCCUACACUGGUGUGGUCGAUCGACCCGACCUUCAGGAGAUCAUGCUGCAGGCCUUGCCAAAAGGUGUUCUCACAAAUGCUACCAAAGUAGUGGGCUAUGAGAAGCUCCCCAACUUCGAAGGAGUCAAGGUGAAGACCGAGGAUGGCACUGAGUACAAGGGAGAUGUGCUGAUUGGCGCUGAUGGCAUUUGGUCGGCAACUCGUGCCCAGAUGUGGAAUGAAGAGCAGAAGGGCCCUGGAUCCGGCUGCACAUACAGUGGUUACAUCGUCUUCGCUGGUGAGACCAUCUACAAGCCGGAGGAUUACUUUGAGGUUGGCUACAAGGUGUACAUGGGACCGAAGCGAUACUUCGUGACCUCAGACGUUGGACGGGGCCGCAUUCAGUGGUACGCGUUCGUGGCAGUCGGGGAGGGCGAAGAGGUGCCUUCUGAUAAUCUGGAGAAGCGCGAGUACGUGAAGGCGGCCUUCCAGGGCUGGUCCUCGCAGAUCGCCGACUUGCUGGAUGCAACUCCAGUGAACAGCCUGGAGGAUCGAUCGCUGUACGACCGCCCCCCUAGCGUGCUGAAGUCUUGGGCUGAUGGGCCUGUGGCCUUGUUGGGCGAUGCCUGCCAUGCCAUGAUGCCAAACCUAGGACAAGGCGGUGGCCAAGCUAUGGAGGAUGCCCACUGCAUCUGUGACAAGCUAAAGAACCUCACCGACCGUAGUCAGGUGCCAGAUGCCCUGCAGGACUACUACCGCACUCGCAUUGUCCGGGCUAGCGCUGUGCAGGGAUUGUCUCGGUUGGCUUCUGACAUUCUGUUGGGCACCUUCACCUUUCCUUGGAAGCCAUCCGAGGGCCUUUCAGCCCCAUAUGGCAAAGGCAAGGGAGACUUCACCUAUGAGGGUGUCGUUGUGAACUACCUCAGGAAUAUCUUGCCGGCAGCUUUCACUGGUCAGUUCACCUUCCUUUAUUCCUUCCACCCUUUCAAGUGGACCAAAGAUGAGGUCACCAAGAUUGUGCAAACCGUGAUGGAUCGCCACAAGGUAGAUGCGUCCGCAGCGUGGCAGAAGCGCCAAGAGGCCGUGGAGAAGGGCGAGGUUGAACAGUUUGAGGAGGAGUGCCGACAAGAGUCCUUCUUCCAGCUUGCUGCACAAACCGCCGCGACAAUCAAGUAA